AUGAGAUCACUUGCCGAUUUGAUUGAUUACAUACCUCUUCCUCUCAAAGUGCGAUACACCUUUUGCAUAUCACCAAUUAAUGUCGAUAAUAAAUUGACAGCUACUGCUUUUGUGAAAAUGGUGCGAAGGUUCUCUUCUGGUCAGUGUUUAACUUACGAUUGGAUGAUGGACAUGUUGGACUGGGACUCACUAGGUCAGCCUGAAAACCUACAGCAGUUAGAACAUCUAGAAAAGGUUUGA